ACACGUAACAUAUGCGUAUCUAUACGCGCUCGGUUCUAAAUAGUCAAAUGGUUUUUUUGCAGGUUUCCAAUAUUUACUUUACGUGCAAUUACAUAGAUUCGAGAGGAAGUGUCGGAGCGGAGAUCGCGAUAUUACAGGUUGACAGACCGUUCGAAAAGUCGGCGUAUCUAAUUCCUAUAUGCAUCGAUUUGUUUAAUGCCUUGCCCGUACUGAAACAAAACAGUACAAUAAAGUUGCCGGCAUUUGAUAGGCCGUCCGCAACUAGUACCUCCAGCGGGAUGUUGCAGGCGCUGGAGGUGUCGUAUAGUUCUAUCGAUCAAUGCACAUCUGCGGCGCAAAGUGCUGACAUAGAACAGUAUCUUCGUUCACAUGACAAGUUCUGUGCGAGAUACACGAACGGUUCCUUCGUGUGUGACGGUGACAGCGGUAAUGGGGUAGUUGUUUUUAGUGAUGGUUUGUGGUAUCUUCGGGGUGUUGUUACUUCCUCACUAGGCUUGAUAAAAGAAGUAGCGGUCAUUCGCUGCAACCACAAUAUGUUUACCAUAUUUACACAAAUAUCUAGCCAUGUUUCGUUUAUACAUGAUAUAUUAUCAAAAUUAGAAAGAAAACAGCAACCUACGUGCUCAACUGGAGAUUUUACAUGAUAAAGAAUACAAAAAAAAAAGUAUUUUUAAGUUGCUAACAAAAUAUACUAGUGGUUUUCGAAUGUGAAAAUGAAAUGUUAAUUUUGUGCUAUAUUUGUACUGCUGUUAGGUAUUGGAAGUGACUGUACGCUUAAAUGUGAAAGUGAAAUGUCGUUAAAUGGAAUAUCUAAAACUACUUAAAAGCAAUAAGUUUUUACUUAUGUAACGAAGAUUAAGAGUAGUUUCACAUUUCUGACAGAGCACUUCUUCACUUUAAUAUGAA